AUGACCGCCGAUGAUACAAAUAUUUCUACACAUGGCUCAUCAGCGGCAGAAAUUCAGGAACAACUAAACCAUGACUUAGACAACAUACACCAAUGGUUGCUGGCUAAUAAGCUUACUUUGAAUAAAGAAAAGACCGAAUAUAUGGUAAUUGGGUCUAGACAAAGAUUAUCUAAAGUAUUAAAUGAGCCGGAAAUCCACGUAGGCGAAACAACAAUUAAACGAGUAAGCUAUUCUAAAACUCUAGGCGUUGUUAUAGAUGAGAAUCUUACUUGGGAAAGGCAAAUCGAAAACAUACAGACUAAAAUUUCAAAAGGUAUCGGCAUGUUACGGCGAAUGAAAAAAAUAAUUCCUAAAACAACAUUGAAAAAAGUAUAUAAUGCCAUUAUAUUACCACAUUUCGACUACUGCAGCCUUGUUUGGGAUAAUUGUAGUGAUUAUUUAAUUGACAAACUGCAAAACAGAGCGGCACGUGUAAUCACUGGCAGAACAUACGAAACAAGAUCACGCGAUGUUUUAAAAGAACUACAUUGGCAACCCUUGAAAGAACGCCUUAAGCACAAAAAACUAUUUUUUAUGCAUAAGGUAAGGAAUAAUGAACUGCCAAUUAGUAUGAUGAAUAUGUUUGAUAUUAAAACAAACUCGCGGUAUAACCUCCGUAGCAACAAUCGAGAUUUCACCCUUGACAAACCAAGUACAAAUUUUUUGAAGAAAAGCAUAAGCUAUACAGCCUCUUCGGCCUGGAAUAAUUUGCCUCUUGAGGCUAAAGGUUCAGGAAUUACUAGUCAGAAAUUCAAGUCCAUUCUUGAUCAUUAUUCCUCGCGUUAAAGUGUAUGCACUUAACCUAAAUUUAAUUAGUGCAUUCGUUUGUAAGGGGGAGGGGGGGGGGUAGGGUUAAUCGUCUUAUAUUGCUAUAUAUGCAUGCCUGUAGUUCUACUUAUCUGUAUUGUACUGUAUAUUUAUAUUAUGUAAUAUUUUUAACCAAACGGCCUCUUGAAAAACAGGUGCGUAAGUGCCCUGAAGAGCUACCGUUUCCAAAUAUGAUUAAAUAAUAAUAAUAAUAAUAACUAACUAAUCUAAAAAGUUCCUGUUAUUUUUAAACCGAACACAAACCAGCUACAAUAGCCUGCGUUGCAGGCGCUAUUUAGGGGGGAGGGCGAGGGUGGGAGAAGCUAGGGGGGAUGCGAAGGCGUGAGAAAGAGAGCGUGGAAAAAUGGGAUGGACGAGAAAGAAAUAGCGCCUGCAGGAAAGCCAUAUGUUUUCUCAUAUUUCGCGAAAUAUGAAAACAACGCGAAAUUCUGAUUGGCUAAUACUGCAUCAGGAAUUAUAUUCCCUGUGGUUUUAGAUGAGUUCAAAAUAGCGGCCUUAGUAGAUGGGAGUAUUGACGAAGUUCUUUCUAAAGUGAUUAGCGACCGACCACUGUAUUCAACUGAAAGAGGAGCAAGAUAAAGCAGUUCGGGACCUUUUAAAGGGAAAAUAUGUUUUUGCUGUAUUACCGACAGGUUAUGGCAAAAGUUUGAUUUACCAAGCUUUCGUACGAGCGCGUGAUCAUCAAACGUCAGGGAAAGGAGCUAUUAUUAUUACAAUAUCCCCAUUGAAUAGCAUUUAUAUUAAAGAACAGCUAAAAGAUAUGGAACGGCAAUGUUUCUCGUCCGUGUAUGCUUAAAUCACUAUAAUUACUAUAAUCACUAUAGUCUAUACGCUAUAAUCACUUUCAACUUAGGGAGUUGCUGUCGUUAUUGUUAACAACUUGUCCUGCGAUGGGGAAUCUCGUUCUUCUGUGUCGAGGAAAAGACUUUCUAAAUUCUAGUACUAGAUUUGACACACACAUUUAAUUUCUUUCUUUACACUUUCGUUGUGUGAUUUCUUGGCAACUGCCGUUUGCUUCUCUCGCCCAGAUCGUCUGAAACCGUAUCGUUUUGUUCUUUAAUUAUCGUUCUUCCUUUACAAAUUUAUAUAGUUCAGCAGCGUUCCUUAUAUUCCUUACAAGGUUUGCACAUUGAUCCCAUUGGAUUCAACUAUGGACUCGCACGGGUUCGCUAAAAUCAAAUUCUGACUGUCUUGUCUGUCUGACGGCUUAAACAAAUUUUCAAAGGACGGCUUAAACAAAUUUUCAAAGGAAGGCUCACUUUCACAUACCGGUACUGCUUUUAGAUUGCUGUUGCAAAACCUGCAUGUAUCGUUAGCGCUAGCCUAUUUCGCUUUUCUACCUGCUUUUUUACAAUUUUUUUUGGUGUUAACAUAGAAACGUACUUAGUAUACACGCGCAUUAACUAUGAUUAUGCAUAGUGUAGUGAAACCAGAUCUGUCACUGCAAAAACCAUUAGUUGCGUCUAAUCACUUAUUGGCUGUUUUUUAAUGAGGUAAUUAAAAUGGUAAUUAUUAUAGAAAACUUAUACAGCUUCAUUCUGAAGUCUGAAGAACACAGUGCAAAUUUUAUCCAAAAAUUUGAUGUAACAAAAUUCAUAAACAUCAACAUUCAAUGAUAUAGUAAAUCAAUUCCUCUCAUUUCUUCGAACAAAAAUUUAAUUUAAUUAAAGCCUGUUGUAUUUAUAAUGGUUUUCCAAAUAUAUCUUUUUGAAAAUUGAAAUUUUCAUUUAUUGAUCACUCCUGACAAGCAGCCAUAUUUUUGAGAUCGGCGAGGUUGUCCAUCAAUACACCAUGAACCAUGAUUCGCCAAUGCUUUCCUUUCCCUUGGUGUAAAUAGCCUAGUAGAAUUAGUACCCUCGCCCCAGAUUUACCCCCAGAAAGGCGCUGAGGGCCUUAGCUUGGGAAUUAGAGUUUUGCGAUCAAAUCAUUGAGAUUGAUAAGAUAUUAAUUAUGUCAACUGCAACCGAAUAAUAUAUAUGUAUAAUAAUAUAUUGUAUAAAUAAAUAUAUAUAUAUAUAUAUAUAUAUAUAUAUAUAUAUAUAUAUAUAUAUAUAUAUAUAUAUAUAUAUAUAUAUAUAUAUAUAUAUAUAUACCUCUCUGACCUAGACCAAAUGUCGAAAGAUAAUCAACCCACUCUCAAAUUGUUUUACUUUUUUUGGUUUUAAAAAGCAGUCACCUUUUUUCUUUUACUUAUUUUACCAUUAAAAAGGUUAUCGUUUGGACACUAUAAAGAUGAUCAAAUAUGUUCACGCAAACUCCGGGCCGGGUUGCAUGUUACAAUGCAUGCUUCAGGAUAAAUCAUGCAGAUCUGCUAACUUCAGGAAAACCUCGACUUUUGGAGAACAAGAAAAUUGCGAGUUACUCAAAACUGUUGAUUCAGAAGAACCGCCAGGGAGUUUAAAAAGUGAUGGAAAUUUUGAUUACUACAAACUACUUCAACCCGAAAGAGUAAGUACUGAGAGAACAUGUAAAUAUACAGAGUGUAUCAAAAAAUUGUUUUGUUUGGAUUUUACAACUAAGCCAUGGCGUAGGCUAUUCCUGGCGUAAGCAAUAGUAUAUGAUGCCAUUUUGUUUACAAGAUCUAUAUCCUGCAGCCGAUCUUCUAGAAAUUUUGGCCUACUCACGAGUCACGAGGACUUGUGAAGGAGAGUGCGGCGGUGUUUCAUGGGUAGGGUGAGAAUUGAGUAUUCACGGAGCAUUACAGUAAAGUAAUAUUUAAAUUGUUUAAUUAUAUUUUUUCUAGAAACCUGAAGAUCUUGUUUCAUCCAGCAUUCCUCCUCGGAUAGAACAAAAAAUAUCAACAAGUAGGUCUUAGUUAAGAACUUAAUUAAGAAGCCUCAAUGUACUGUUGCCAACUGUGUGAAUUAAAAUGUCACUGGCUAUUACCUACUUACUGUAGAACAAAGUGGUUUUUACCACUUAAUUAUGCAGCGACUGCUGCCCGUCAACAAGAGAUGAGUUGAGAAUUUUGAAGGGUUUUGGAUGUAUUUUCUUAGGAAUAAUUUAAAUCUUUAACCGAUGAUUUUGAAAGAUCAACUAAUUUUCCGAAAAUAAAAUGUUAUCUUCUUUAUAACAGAAUCAACACAGAAUGUGACAACACAAAAAUUUUCCACAACUCAAUUAAAAUUGCUAGUGUUGCAUAGUAGCUACUGACAAAUUGGAAGCGUUCUUAUAUAAAAGCGUUCUUAUGGCUUGAAGAUUAGGUAAAAUUGUGGAUAUAUCGGGGGAUUUUAAAACGAUAACAGAAAAGCGUGGAGAGAACCCGGGGACCCCAAUCCCAAUGGGCCAAAUGGGGGCCCCCAGGCUCAGGCAUUAGAGCGAAAACAUUGGCCAGGGCCUCUGAUAUCUUACAAUGUCGUUUUCUGACCAUCAGAAUUCUGUAAAAUCUCUCCCCAACGUCCGGGAAAUAGCAUUUCAUGCCCUGGACCCCCUAGAAAACACGUGCAUAUACGGCAGUCGACUCGUGCCUUCGGCACUUCUACUAGGGGGCCUUCGAAAAUUUUGAACCGGGGCCCCCUUAUAUAACGUUAUGCCACUGCGAUCUCUUAUCGUCGUGUCGAAUUAAAUGCAUAAAUUACGUUAAGGUCUGUUUCUGUCUUUCUGAUCUCGUAGUUUUUUAUUCUGGGUAAUGCAUGAUCACUAGUCAUGUAAUGAAUUCGUCUGAAUUAAUUUCGUCGAAAUCGAAACCAUUUUACUGUCGACCAAUUAACGAGUUUAAUAACGAAUUAAAUCCGUCUGAAUUAAAUUCGACGUAUGAAUGAGGCCUUAUUCUGUCUCCGAAAACGGGAUGAAAAUUUUACAUGUAAAAAAGUGUGGUAUGUGGCUUUACUGCUUUUGGUGCGGUUGUAUCGCGUCAAUGAGCUGAACUUUAAUCGAUUGCUGUAAAUCAACAACGUUGAUUUCAGGAAGGGCAUCAGCCAGAGAUGUGUAUAGUGCCUUUGGUCCACUAGAAAACCAUAAUAAACAGUCGUUGAUGGUUGGGCAGAGCUUAAGAUGCAUGCAGUUUUAAGCCUAAUGAGGAUAGAGGGCAUAAAUGAGGAUAUGUGGAUAGAGGAUGAGGAUAGAGGACGUAAAAAUGACGAUAGAAGGCAAAAAAUCCCUCAUUGACAAUUAGUCUUACUCUAAAUAUUAAAAGCCAAUGCUCGGAGUAGCUCCAUGUUGGGAAUUUUACGCGGUGUAACACCACCGAUCGAAUGUCUGCUAGAUUGAGCUGCAAUGCAUUGCUUUUGCUCCAGUAUCUGUAUGUAAUCGUUAUGCAGUUGUUCAUAUGUUUGUAAUUAACUUGCUCAAUGUACGUAAUAAUUUUCAUAGCUAACUCGGCUAUAUCAAAAACGACAGAUGGCCCGACAACUCAACCAAUAAGUAAGCUCACAACUAAAAAAGGUAAAUCAAAAUUUUUUAAGCUUAAAUGAUUAUUUAUUAAUGUUUGCAGUUAUAUAACAUCAUCUGUUUGUUUAUAACAUAAUCUACCCCCAUAGACCAAUACACAAGUUUAAACGUAUAUAAUUCGUUUUUCGCGGCUGCUCCCUUAGUAAGAUGGAAAUAAAUAUUUUAAUUGAUUUCUGUUUAAAUGUAAAAUAAUGUAAUUCUUCAAUUGAAUAUAUUACGCUGUUCUUACUUUUUAAAAGAAAACGCCACAACAAGAAAAAUAACAACAUCGGCAGAAAAACCAACAAGUAAGCUAACAGUAUAUACAAUUAAUUUCAGCCGCUUAAAAUCCCAUGGAGUAAAAUGUAAUUUAUAAUUAUGUAGCCUAUACAAUAUGAAAAUGUUUUAUUUGAAAGGAAACGUUAUCUCUCUAAUAGAAAAAUCUUCACCCCCAGGAAAAACGAAAGACAUUUCUCUAACUCAAACAACAAGUAAGAAGGAAAAUUUUUCUAAUUGAUUCGUGUUUAAAUGUAGUGAAAUAAUGUUUAUUGUUAAAUUGAAUUUAUUACGCUGUUUUUAAUUUUUGAAAGAAAGCGCCCCAACACGAACAGUAACAAUCUUGACAACACAGCCAACAAGUAAGCUGAUAACAUUGUUAAAUAAUGUUAAUAAUUUAUUAAACAGUUUCAGUUUCAAAUCCUAUAAGGGACUGGUCAUGAAGUAACUGCUAGGGUGGGCUGGAGGUAAAUCACAAAUUUUGUCAAUAAGUUCGGUGACCCAUCUUAGGAUGUAGAUAAAAAUUUCAAAGCCUAUCUAAUCUUACAAAAAAAUGUUCAUAACCCACCCAAUCUAAAUUGGGAAAAUACACUUUUAUAAUAAAAAAACCCUGCAGGUAUGAACAUUGUAAAUAUACACGGUCCUGUAUUGACAUACAUAAUUCCACCAAGCUUGAUCAACACAUUGAUACUAAGCUACUCUGCAGUUGGUUGUAUUUGCUGUGAUUCGACCUUCUUGUUGUUGUAUAAACAAAGUACUGGCUUCAAUAGCAUCAUUUGCAUUUGAUAAUUUGGAUAGUUUUGCUUACUUUUAUUAUUAAUAUCUUUAUUUUUUGAAGUAGACAUGCAUGGGUUUUUGUUUGGUGCAUGGCCCAACCGUGGACACACAAAAAAAUUGGCUGCCCAUUGAAAGUGCACGAAGAUUUUCCAUGGCCCAUCCCAAAUCACUCCAGCCCACCCUAGCAGUUACUUUAUGAUCGGUCCCUAAAGUAGUGAGAUGCAAUUUAUAUGAAUAUAUAAUAUUUGUGUUGUAUUUGAAAUAUAUAAUUUUACCUUUCUUAUAGUAACAUAUUCGCCCACAACAUUAACAACAAAAGAUGUUUCUGGAACACAAGCAACAAGUAAUAUGGAAAUAGAUAUUUUAAUUGAUUCGCAUUAAUAUUUUAAUUGUUCGUGUCUAAUAUUAAAUGAGACAUAAUGUUUAUUUGUAAAUUGAAUAUAUUGCUCUGCUUUUACAUUUUAAAAGAAAGCGCCUUAACAAGAAAAGCAACGCCAACAGCUUUGACGACCGAACAAACAGGUAAGCUAUCAAAAUGGCCAGUUCAAACCGGGUGAAAUCCUAUGAAGGAAAAUAGCUUGUAUCUUGCAUGUAUUCAUGUGAAUAUAUAGAACAAUCAACGAUAAAUGAACUGAUAUCAACUAUCAAUUUUAAAUUUUAAUUUUUAUAUCAACCAUGAAAUUUUCAAUUUUAUAUCAAAUAUCAACUAUCAAUUUUCAAUUUUCAAUUUACAAAAACAUAUAUUUCGAAAAUCGUUUCAUGCAAUCAGCUUUGAAGCAAUUUUGUUUGAAAAAAUGCGAAGAAUUGAGUUACUAUGAAGUAUGGAAAAUAUAUGGUAAGUUUGCUUUGCAAUGUUUAAUGUUCAUGAAUUAUGUUGCUUUAUUUUUUCAAAUUAGCUAAAACAUCAAUGAAGCUGUUAAUUAGAAAAAACCCAUUAAAAUAUACAGGAGAUCAAAUUAAUCUGAAGACCGAUCUGAAAUUACUCAACAAUUCGAACUUACUUUGUUUAAUUAAGCAAGUAAAAACGGUUCAUUGGCAAAAUCAGUUUCAACAGAUGAGUGAACAUUUCAAAACAUUUUACGAAGCGUCUCAGGUUAAAUUUUACAUUAAUUCAAAGCUCACAAAAUGCAAUAUAACAUACAUACAGUAUACAUAUUUUCGGAAAUUCAUUGUUGUAUAGUCAAAACACUCAUCUUUCAACUAUUUUUGCCGUUUUGCACCAAAAAAGCAAUUGAAAUUUUAGUUGCUAUUACUUCAUGUUAAAUCAAUGUCUAGCUGGAAAAUAAAGGCGGGGGGGCUGCAUGCAUGUACUUCUAGUAUAGAUAAUCUAUUCCUAACUUGUUCUUAUUCAUUCCAUUGCCCUUUUACAAUUCCUUCACUACUAUUUCAGAUUUGACUUUCUCGAGCAGCAAUGUUGAUGAGUUACGAAUGUCAACAACAUGCACAGCUCUGAGGAAAAACGCCCGGAGGAAAAACCUGACUUUGCCAAGUGGAACCUAUAACAUGACUCAUGACAAUACUUCGUUUCCUGUAUACUGCGACAUGAGCUCCAAAAAUGCUACUGGGGUAACUGUAAUUGGACAUGAUAGUGAAUCAAAAAUUGAAGUGAAUGGUUACGAAGAUGAGCAAUCAUACCGAAGGAAAAUCAACUACGACAUCGAAAUGAAACAGAUUGUUGCAAUUAUCAACCGAUCUGCUCGUUGUGAACAGUAUGUGAAAUAUGAAUGUUUGAAUGCUGGAUUUUACUAUAAGAUUUCUGGCCUUAGUUAUUCUUGUUGGAUAUCUCGGCAAGGUUCAGAAAUGUUCAACUGGGGCGGAGCACCAACCAACAGCUUCAUGUGUGCAUGUGGAAUGAAUAAUACUUGCAGAAAUCCUGAAAAAUAUUGCAACUGUGAUGUAAAUGAUAAUGUUUUGAUCGAAGACAGCGGGUUUCUCACUGAUAAGAAAUUCUUGCCUGUUACAGAAUUGCGAUUUGGUGACACAGGCACAUUCGUUGGUAAUAAUGAGGUGGGUUAUCACACCCUUGGAAAACUGCUAUGCUGGGUGUUAACGUUUGCAUUCCAAUGA